GAGGCAUUUAAAGAAAUGGUUUCCGCUCUAGCUUCUCACAAAAAAGAAAAAAAAAUGGGAGCAUUUUUGGACAAACCAAAGAUGGAGAAACAUAAUGCUCACGGAGCAGGAAAUAGUCUACAUUAUGGGCUCAGCAGCAUGCAAGGCUGGAGAGUGGAGAUGGAGGAUGCACACACAGCUGUAAUCGGUCUGCCCAACGGACUCGACCAAUGGUCAUUUUUUGCAGUAUAUGAUGGGCAUGCAGGAUCACAAGUUGCCAAAUACUGCUGUGAGCAUUUACUAGAACACAUCACAAGCAACCCAGAUUUCAAGGGUGCUGACCAAGAGCCUGCUGUGGAAAAUGUAAAGACUGGAAUUCGAACAGGCUUCCUGCAGAUAGAUGAACACAUGCGAGCCAUCUCGGAGAAGAAGCACGGAGUGGACAGAAGUGGCUCAACAGCUGUGGGUGUAAUGAUAUCACCUAAACACAUCUACUUCAUUAACUGCGGUGACUCGAGAGGUUUGCUGAGUAGAAGUGGGAAGGUCCAUUUUUUUACACAAGAUCAUAAACCCAGCAACCCACUUGAGAAAGAGCGCAUCCAGAAUGCAGGCGGCUCAGUAAUGAUUCAGCGUGUCAACGGGUCAUUGGCUGUAUCUAGGGCCCUGGGGGACUUUGAUUACAAAUGUGUACAUGGAAAGGGUCCAACAGAACAGCUUGUCUCACCAGAGCCAGAGGUCUAUGAAAUUGAAAGGUCCGAGCUUGAAGAUCAGUUUAUAAUCCUUGCUUGUGAUGGCAUCUGGGAUGUCAUGGCUAAUGAAGAGCUCUGUGACUUUGUUAGAUCAAGGCUUGAAGUCACCGAUGACCUUGAGAAAGUUUGCAAUGAGAUUGUUGACACCUGCCUAUACAAGGGAAGCCGGGACAACAUGAGUGUUGUACUGAUCUGUCUCCCAGGUGCACCCAAGGUAUCACCAGAAGCAGUGAAGAGAGAAGCGGAGCUGGAUAAGUACUUGGAGAGCAGAGUAGAAGAGAUCAUUAAGAAGCAGGGUGACGAAGGUGUGCCAGACUUAGUCCAUGUGAUGCGUACAUUAGCAACGGAGAGCAUCCCAAACCUCCCGCCAGGGGGGGAACUGGCAAGCAAACGGAGUGUCGUUGAAGCAGUUUAUAACAGACUGAAUCCCUACAGGAGUGAUGAUACUGACUGUGCAGCAGCCGACGAUGCGUGGUAAAACUGCCUGCUUAUCAGAGUUUACAGACACCCGUGAACCGAGAGCACCAUUCAUCAGUCUUUCUUUACCGUCAAUCCUCAGAGCUUUUAUUUUAAGGGAAUAUGUGAUGGGGGAGGAAGAGAUACAAAAACAUCUACAGCAGCAAUCGGCCCAGGAACUGAAGAUUUGUUUUUCCACAAACACUUUUUUUUUUUUUUUUUUAAUUCAAUAGAAUUCUUUACUGUAAUAAUUGGACUUCAGCAUUGUGUUGUAUGAUUUUAUUUUUUUGUAAUGUGCAAUUUAUUUUUACAAAAAUACCUGUAUUUAAUGGAGCUUGAGUUGGUUUAAGUAAAAGGUAAAAGCACUGUCUGCUUUUUUUCUGGUUUUCUGGGGUGCAACAAAUAUUUGUUCAGUGAAUGUUAUUGGUAGUCUAACUGGUGAUGUGUAACUGUGUUUUGUUUUUUUUCAGAAACGGGUAAAUUUAAAUGUAAGAGCAUGGCAGACCUUUGUAAAUCAAACGGGGAAACAAACAUUGACUCGUAUACAUCUUUUAUCUUUUAAUGUUUUUAAAGUGUUUUCCAAAAUUAUUUUUCAGUGACUGUCCCCACGCCCUGCAGUUAAAUUAAAAGUAUGGUUAAUUUCAUAUGUUGCUUUUAUUUACCUCAUGACUGGCUUAUCAGGCAAAUGAGCCUGGUUCUCCCUUGUUCCCCAGUGUUAGGUCCAUUCCAGUAGAAUAUGGGGUAUUCCCUCACCUAGAAGCUAAAUCAACACUAGAAACUCAGAAUGCUUCACAAGCAAUUUAAAAUAUUAGUUGGGACUGGAAUGUGAUAACAAGGAUCCUGAGACAUUCCCCUUCACUGUGAUUUAUGAAACGUCGUCACAAUGACACUAAUUCUUUGUUCUAUUUAAUUCAAUUGAACUAAACAGCUUUAUGACACACAGGGGUUCAAGUGACAGUAGGGUACAAUUUCCAAGUUGUGAAAGAUUGAUGUACAUGUAAAGGGUGUUUUAGUUGGCACUGAUGUUUCUGCAGUUUGGUUUUUGGGUGCCGUAUGUCUCAGAUUAAGCUGAAUGUUCUAUAGCGGGUGAAAUGAGCCUGGAAUAUUCUUAAACCCCAGUAAAGCUCAUUUCACAGAAUCAUGUACCUAAGUGCUGUCCUACCUGUGGAACCUGCAUUUUUAGCCCAGUGCUUUAUUCUCCAUGAUCACAUGCCGGGGAUAGAACAUUAUCAUUCUUGUUUCACUUAGAAUGUGGAAUUGUAUAAAGUUACAGUAACUUCCAGCUGUUACCUUUCUUAUCGCAGGGAACUUGAUUGACCAAGGUUGCUGCUAUUACAUGUGAAUGCUUUUUGCUGAGCAUUUUUUAAACCAACAAUGUCCACUGAUUUAAAGCUAUAUUUUACUUUUACUGAAGAAAACAUCUGCAGCUUUUUUCCCCCUCUUUUCUCUUUAAUGUUGCUGAAAUACAUUGUUGCAAAACUGUGAUGUAAAUUGUUGACCUUCGAAAGAUUUUUCUUAAAGGAAUAUUAAACAUUGGAAGUAUUCUAAGAUCAAGGUCUUUGUAGCAGCUUUCUGGAGGUGCAGCUUUAUACACAGGAUAAAUAUUUGUUGCUUGUAAACUACUUUGCUCCUGGAGAUUUGUUUUCUUAUUCGUUGUAACCUUUUUUUUUUUUUUUAAACUGACAAUCUAAUGCUGUAACUCACAACUGUACAAUUAUAGUUCAUUACCUCCAUUAGGCAUUUUAAAAAGGUAAUUUGAUGGCACAUGUAAAUAGAUGCCAAAAAAAGAACCCUAAAAAACAUGACAUUUAAAAAGUGACCUGCAGCCAAGUAGUAUUUUGUUCUUUAUUAAUCAGAAAAAAAACAGAUGGGGGUUUGAACUAAAUUAUUGGAUUUGACUUUAAUAUUUUCACAUGUAUAAUAAUGACCUGCCUUGUGUGUAAGUACCGUACAGCUAAUGUUAAUUGUUUAACAUGUCAACCAAGUGAUAGGGAGGAAAAUUGGACAUAUUAAAACAAUUUACCAGAAUAUAUGGCUUUUUCAUCGCCCCUUUAAAAGGGAUCCUUUUUUUUUUUUUUUUUUUUUUU